GCCCAAGACGCAUCACUCGCCACCGCCGUCGCUUUCCCCUUUCCCCCAGCUCGUCUGGUCUCGUGCGCUCCCACCUCACCUCACCACACCACUCUCCUCCCUUCCAUUUCCCUGAAUUCUUCGGCUCCUCCUCUCCCUCCCCAUCCGUGGCUGGCUGCCUGCUCCGUGCCCCCCGACCCAGAGUUCCCGAGGAUUUCUUGGGUACCUAGCGCCUUGGACGCUUCCCCUUCCCCGCUGCAUCAGAGGGUAGGGCAGGCAGCCCGCCGCUUUUAGGUGCGACUUUGGUUGGCAGUCUUUUGGGCCGGGGGAUUGUUGUUGUUGGUUGAUUGCAAAAGAUCGCAUCUCUGGCGGGUGGUAGGCUGUCGGAUCAGAUGAGAUGCGGGGGUGGGGGUCUUCCAGCCCGAGCUUGUAGGAGGCAUGGCUGAAGUGGUCUCCUCCUCCUCCGGAUCCUACGCGGCGGCGGCUACAUCUCCGUCCCCGCGCCGCCUCCAUGCCGCCUUCGUCGUCAGGGACUCGCUCCCGUACGCUUACCCCCCUCCGCUGCCGCCGCCGCCGCAGGUGCAGAGUUCCGGCGGGGGAGGCGGCAAGAUUAGCCCAGCGGUGCUGUUCAUCAUCGUGAUUCUGGCCGUGGUGUUCUUCAUCUCCGGCCUGCUUCACCUCCUGGUGCGGCUGCUCAUGAAGAAGCAGCACCGCCGCCGAGGAGGCUCAGCGUCCGCGGUCCAGGGCCCGGGGGAGGCGGACGCGGCGCUGCAGCGCCAGCUGCAGCAGCUGUUCCACCUUCACGACUCUGGGCUGGACCAGGCAUUCAUCGACGCGCUGCCCGUGUUCUCAUACCGGGAGAUCGUUGUGGGCGGUGGUGGUGGCGACAAGGAGCCCUUCGACUGCGCGGUGUGCCUGUGCGAGUUCGACGCCGAGGACCGGCUCCGGCUGCUGCCGCUGUGCGGGCAUGCCUUCCAUCUGAAUUGCAUUGACACGUGGCUGCUGUCCAACUCGACGUGCCCGCUCUGCCGUGCGGUGCUCUUCGCCCCAGGACUCACAGCCGAGAAUAACCCGAUGUUCGAUUUUGAUGAGGGGUUAGAGGAAGGAAGGUUGUCCGAGUACGGCGAGGAUGGGUUCGGAUUGUCUGGGCACAAGGCUUCAGAGGGGGUGCAGACUCCGGUUGCCGAGAAGAGGGUGUUUCCAGUGAGGCUAGGCAAGUUCAAGAAUGUCGGCACCCAGGGUGCUGUUGAAGGUGGAAAUGCCAAUUCUGCUGUGCUGAGGAGGGAGGAAGGGGAGAGUAGCAGCAGCAGUUUGGAUGCAAGGAAAUGCUUCUCGAUGGGCACCUAUCAGUAUGUUCUUGGGACUUCUGAGCUCCAGGUGGCCCUCCAGCCGGGGAAAAAUAGAAAUGGCGCUGGUGGUGCAAUGAGAGCAAGACCUGGUGGGAUAAGUUCUGUCAAUGCUGACAUUAUGGAGGGAAAGAAAAUUUGUGCACGGAACAAAGGCGAGAGCUUCUCCAUGUCUAAGAUUUGGCAGUGGUCUAAUCUGAAGGGCAAGUUACCUGCAGGCUCAGAUGAUUGUUCAGAAGCAGGGAGCCUUCCAUGGAUGAAGAGAGGUGGCACCGGAGAUAAACCGAACAUGUGAUGUGACUCUGUACUGUGAUACUAGCUAAUAUUUCUCUUGUUAGUGUUACUCAAUUAAUUCCUUACCUAUAAUCAUUCUAGUCUAAUUAUGUUCUGAUUUUGAUUGGAGUUGGUUAAUCUCAUGGAGGGAUAACUUUUUGGUAGUCAUGUCAGCUUAGUGUAUUGCAUGAAGAUGGGAUUGAUCAUGUGACAUCUGGUGCUUGCUGCUUUGUUUGUGUUCUUGUAUUGGUUUAAAGCUACUGUCAUAUAUCUGAAACAUUUCUUACAAAAUUGGUCAAUUGUAGUUGGCAUUGACCUCUGACUCCA